UCCACUCUUGGACGAAUGCGUGGUGGUGUACCUGGACGACAUCCUCAUCUACUCGCGUGACAUGAAGCAACGCGUUGAACACCUGCGAUGCGUCUUUGACAAUCUUCGACGAGAACGAUUCUACGUCAAAUCAUCCAAGAACGAAUUUGCCCUCGAGAAAAUCCAAUUCCUAAGACACAUGGUUAGCGCUCAAGGAGUUUACGUCGACCCCAAGAAGAUCGAAGCUGUACGCACGUGGAAGACACCCGAGAACGUAAUGGAGUUGCAGCAGUUCCUAGGCUUCGCUAACUAUUACAACAGGUUCGUGUCACAGUACGCAAAAAUCACCGCGCCACUCACGAAUCUGCUGAAGAAGAACACGCCCUAUAAGUGGGAACCAAAACAUCAGGAAGCCGUGGAGCAGCUGAAACAAGCACUCACGUCUGCAACUGUACUCCUCUUGCCAGACCCCGAACGCGACUAUGCCGUCGAGGCUGACGCUAGUGACCAGGCAGUGAGAGCGGUCUUAAUGCAAGAUCAGGGGAAUGGUCUACAACUGAUCACCUACCUCAGCAAAAAAAUGCACGGGGCAGAACUAAACUACCCGAUACACGACAAAGAAACCCUUGCUAUUAUCAUCGCCUUCAAAACGUGGAGAUGUUACCUCGAAGGACGAAAAACAACCGUCUACACCGACCACUGCAGCCUGAAAUAUUUGAAGACACAGCCAAACCUCUCCAGGUGGCAGGUCCGGUGGAUCGACUUCCUCAAGACGCACUUCCACUACGACAUCGUGUACAAGCCUGGCCAAAAAAACAAAGCAGACGCUCUUAGCCAGCCUGCACACAUUGCCGCUAUCCAGGGGAGAGAGAGAGAGAGAGAGAGAGAGAGAGAGAGAGAGAGAGAGAGAGAGAGAGAUAGAGAGAGAGAGAGAGAGAGAGAGAGAGAGAGAGAGAGAGAGAGAGAGAGACAGAGAGAGAGAGAGAGAGGUGCAGUGAGAGAAAGAGAGGGAGAGGGAGGGGUGGAGAGAGAGAGAGAGAGAGAGAGAGAGAGAGAGAGAGAGAGAGAGAGAGAGAGAGAGAGAGAGAGAGAGAGAGAGAGAGAUAAGGGGGGAUGAGCCUGAAACUUACGAGUGGACGUCGGUGG